GUCAUGUGGCGGUCGCGGCCCAGCACGAUGGCAGGCGGUCGGCUGCUCCCUCACUGACGCUCGCCCCGCCACCCCGCUCCUCCAGGUGACCAGCAGCCCAGCCCCCGCGAACACUGCUCUUGAACAUGACUCAUGGGGAAGAGCUGGUCUCCGACGUGCCCCAGGAUUCUAUCGUUCUAACUGACCUCGAAGGGUCCCUCAUGCAGCAGGCGGCCGAGGGCGCGGGCACCGGCGUGGACAGGGAGGCCGCGGCGCGCGAUGCCGAGGCCCGCAGCGGGCACGUGUCGCGCGCGCUCCCGGCCUGCGUGGGCGGCCCCGGCCCCGGCGUGCUGCACCUGCGCAAAGCCCGGCUGCUGCAGUCCGCGGAGGACUGGGACGCGGCCAAGCGCCGGCGGCUGUCGGACUCCCUCGUGAACCUGAACGCGAAGAAGGAGGCGCUGCUGGCCGGCGUGGUGGACGGCGUGCCCAAAGGCAAACAGGACAGCACGCUGCUGGCCUCCUUGCUGCAGUCGUUCAGCUCCCGGCUGCAGACCGUGGCGCUGUCGCAGCAGAUCCGGCAGAGCCUCAAGGAGCAGGGCUACGCCCUCAGCCACGAGGCUCUCAAAGUGGAGAGGGAUUUACGGUGCUACGGGGUCGCCUCGAGUCACUUGAAAACGCUCUUGAAGAAGAGCAGAGCGAAAGAUCAAAAGCCCGACGCCAGUCUUCCCGACGCCACUAACCACCUCAUCCGGGAGAGGUUCGCGGAGUCCCCGCACCCGAUGGGACAGGGGGCGGCGACGAAGGUCAUGAGCGAGCCCUUGUCCUGCGCGGCGCGGCUGCAGGCUGUGGCGAGCAUGGUGGAGAAGAGGACCAGCCCGGCCACGUCCCCCAAGCCCAGCGUCGCCUGCAGCCAGCUGGCCUUGCUCCUCUCCAGCGAAGCGCACCUGCAGCAGUAUUCUCGGGAACACGCCUUGAAAGCGCAGAGCGCGAACCAGGUGGCGAGCGAACGGCUGGCCGCCAUGGCCCGGUUACAGGAGAACGGCCACAAGGAGGUGGGCGGGUUCCCGCUCCCCAAAGGGAUGGCGGGCCACCUGAAUGGCCAGGCCAGAACGUCCUCCAGCAAGCUGGUGGCGGGCAAAAGUGCCCCGUUUCCCAGCCCCAUGGGCAUCGUCCCCUCUUCCCCCAAAAACGCAGGCUGCAAGAAUUCGCAGGAGAGAAACAGCAUCAAACAAGCCGCGAGUAACAGCUUGCUCCUGCAUCUUCUCAAAAGCCAGACCAUCCCUACGCCUCUGAACGGCCACAGUCACAGCGAGCGAGGAAGCGGGUUCGGGGACAGCGGCACCCCCACAACCAUCGACGAAUACUCGGAUCACAACCCCAGUUUCACGGACGACAGCAGCGGCGACGAAAGCACGUGCUCCGACUGUGUGCCCAUAGACUUGUCCUGCAAGCACAGGAUGGACAAGGCCGAGCCCGACCCCCCCGUGUCCCUGGAGAACUUGACGCAGUCCCUGCUGAACACUUGGGACCCCAAAGUCCCCGGCAUGGACAUCAGGGACGAUCAAGAUACCUCAAAGAACGCGAAGCUGAAUUCCCACCAGAAGGUGACGCUGCUUCAGCUGCUCCUGGGCCAUAAGAGUGAGGACGGCCUGGAGCGAAGCAGCCCCCAGGAGGCGCAGAGCGACGGGAGGAAGUUCAGCGGGCAGACCUGCGCCAGGACGUCGGUGAUCGAGAGCCCGGGCGCGCACAGGGCCACGCCGGGGAGCUCGCCGCCCUUGCUGGCGUCCUCCAAGGCCGAGUCCCCCAUCAACCUGUCCCAGCAUUCCCUGGUCAUCAGGUGGAGCUCCCCGCCCUACGCCUGCGCCACUCAGCCUGAAAAGCCGCCGAACCCCACCCCGAGCCACCUGAUGGAUCUUACCAAAAGCAGAGAGGCGCCGCCCGGGGAGAACCCGGUCCAGAAUGAAGACGCGCAGAACCCGGCGACCUUCAGCGCCAGCAAACUGCUGCAGAACCUGGCCCAGUGCGGCCUGCAGGCCUCCGGCGGCGACGAGCGGCGGCCCGGCGCCCAGCUCUGCCUGAGCGCGGGGGUGGCCGACAGGCUGAGCAGCCCGCUGCGCUCCGGCCGCACCGCCGCCCUGGAAGAGAGCAAGGCCUUGGGCAGUCCGGCCGCGGGCUGCGAGCCCAGGCUUUCAGGUUCGGAAAUCGAAAAUCUGCUGGAACGACGCACGGUGCUCCAGCUGCUCCUGGGGAACCCCAACAAAGGAAAGAGCGACCCCAAGGAGAAGGCGCCCGUGCGCGACGAGAGCGCUCAGGAACCUGCCGACCGCGCUCUGGGCGAACAGGUCCUGAUGGUGAAAAUCAAGGCGGAGCCCUGCGAGGACCUGCAGGAGGCGAGCGCGCACCUGAGCCCCGAGGCGGAGCGCGCCCCCUUCCCGGGUGCGGCGCCCCCGGCGGCGGCGCAGAGAAGUGCGGCCGCCUUGCCAGGUCCCGGGGACUUCAAGGCGGAGCCCGCGUCCCCUCAGGACUUCUCCUUCUCCAAGAACGGCCUGCUGAGCCGGCUGCUGAGGCAGAACCAGGACAGUUACCUGCCCGACGAGCUCGGACUCGACAGCAGCCCGCGGGGCGGCGAGCUGGCGCUGCUGGAGUCCAAGAACCUCUGCGUGGUCCCCAAGAAAAGGAAGCUUUACCCCGAGCCCUUGGAAAACCCGUUUAAAAGGAUGAGAAACCACGCCGCCGAGGCUGCCCACAGUCACGGCGCCCCGGACGCGCUCCACGGGCCCCUGAUGAGCCAGCCAGAGCUGAAAUUCAGCAGGAGCGACCUGGAGUUCAAACACCCUUCGGGCCUCGGCGCGCCCGGCGAGAGCGAGCACCGCAGCUGGGCCAGAGAGAGCAAGAGCUUCAACGUCCUGAAGCAGCUGCUGCUGUCGGAAAACUGCCUGAAGGACCUGUCCCAGCACAGGAGCAGCUCCGCCGUCGAGGCGCGAAAGAAGGGGCACAGACACGGAAGCGGUAGCAAACCCGACUUCAGCGUGUCUUCUUUAAACGGGCUGAUGUACGGUUCUGCCCAGCCGGGCGGCUGCAUGGAUAACAGGACAUUUCCGUACCCCGGAGCAGGAAAGACUCCUGGGAGCCCCCCUUUUCCUGAGCCCGUGGGCUGUGGGGGGUCUAGACCGGAGUCGGGGCGUUUGAAUGGGUGUUCCCUGCCCGGUGACAAGGGGCCCAUUAAGUGGGUCAUCGCAGACGUGGACAAGAACGAGUAUGAGAAGGACUCCCCGAGACUGACCAAAACCAACCCGAUACUGUAUUACAUGCUCCAGAAAGGGGGCAGCUCUGUCACCCGGCGGGAAGCACAGGACAGGGAUGUGUGGAGGGGGCCGGCGGCUGAGCAUGUCUCUCAGGUCACCGUCAAAGAGGAGCUACUGCCCCCCGCGGACACACCAGCCGCCUUCUUCCCCCUGAGGAGCCCGUACAGCAGCCAUCUGGGGGGCCGCGCCUCCUGCUCCCCCAGCGCCAACGGAGACGUGUGCGGGCCUCUGGGCAAUGUGCUGACGAUAAAAAAAGAGUCAGAAUGAAACGCACCUGCCUUGCAGCUCGUCGCUUCCCCCCAGGACUUCGUACGGACCUGAGAUCUGUAUCCAUAAGAGCAUGAGUUGAGCAACGCAUGGUGUACUUGACACUUUUCUUUCAUUGGGGGGCGUCUGGGUUCCUGGUGACGUUUCCGCGCGCACCCCGCUUUGUGCCCUCCGUCCGAGUUCACGAGGAAACCCCGAACGGGCAGUGGGUUGUGUGUUCUGUGUGCGUCAGGCGGCAACUGUGAGUAGCCUGGGCAUGAGUGUCUCGGUCCCCAGAUGCUAGGCAGCCAUUGAAACGCACAUCUCCAUCCACCUGGAUACAUGCGCUUUGCUGUCUGUGUGAGGGUAGCUGGCUUUUCAGAAGGCAGCCAACCUAACGUUUUUUAAAAGUUCAAAUUGUUCAGUGACUUUGAAGUUUAAUUAUUGAAUAAAAUACCUAGUGCCGAUUCACUUUUCAUGAUCCAAUUCAAAAAUAAAUUGGAAAAAAAUGGGCUG